UUGACUGUGUGUCAUCAAGGUCAAUGUUUUCCGAGUAGAAAUCUUGUUCUCCAGACUCUGCCUUUUGAUGUUGAGCUUGGGGUUAAUUUCAGAGUGAUCAGAAUUGCUGCUUUAGAGUCAAAGUUUCUGGGGAGGGAGCUGGGCCCGAGAGCAGCCAUUUUUUCUCUGCCAGACACCAUAUAUCAGUGACGGAGAGCGGAUUGAAAAUAGCUCUUAGAGCACUCGUCGAGAAAGUUGUCUGCGGCCCACGCCCUCUGUGGCUGAACUGUAAAGUGGCCCUUACCACCCUGUUACUAAGCAGUGUUUCUUGUAUAAAUAACUGUUACAGGCUGGUGGACAGAGGGUGGGCGGUGGCUCCCCGCGGUCUGUGGGGCUUUGGUGCGGUCCUCUCUGAGCGUGGUUACCUCUAAGAAGCGGGGAGAACCUGGUGAUGGUCCCCCAGUCUGGAUUCGCCACCUUGGAGGGUCGUUGUGAGAUUAAACAAGAUGACGUGAGCGCUCCUUGUCCAACGACCAAUUUAGAUGCCCUCAGAGUUCCUGUCCCUGCUUUUUACGCACGUUGCUCUCAGCAUCCCCUUCUGAAAAGGCCACAUCAAAGAGAGCUGCCCAGCACCAUCCUGGUGCUCUGAGGGAUGGCUGCUCCGUGACGUUGGCGGCAGGCGGCGCCAUGACCCUGCGGGCCCAGGAGGACUUCAACGGGAGCCUGGAAGAUGCCCGGGAGUGGAUGCGGGCCGUGCAGGAGCAGCUGCAGAUCAACGACAACACCCAGGGGCCCCGCGAUGCCCUGGAGGCCAGGCUGUGGCAGACCGAGAAAAUAUGCCAGCUGGAGCCGGAGGGGCACUUGAAGGUGGACCUGGUGUUGCAGGCAGCCGAAGAGCUCCUGGCAUGCUGCCGCGAGGACCAGAAGGCCAGGAUUCUGGCCCAGAUAAGGGACAUCAAGGACGAAUGGGAGGACACAGUCACCUACAUGACUCACUGUCACAGCCGCAUCGAGUGGGUGUGGCUGCACUGGAGCGAGUACCUUAUGGCCCAGGACGAGUUCUAUCGCUGGUUCCAGAAGAUAGCGGUGGCACUGGAGCCCCCCGUGGAGCUGCAGCUGGGCCUGCAGCAGAAGCAGUGGCAGCUGAGCCACGCCCAGGUGCUGCUGAACAACGUGGAGAACCAGGUGGUGCUCCUGGACCGGCUGCUGGAGGAGGCGGCCUCCCUGUUCUACAGGAUCGGGGACCCCAGUGUGGACGAGGACGCCCAGAAGAAGAUGAAGGAUGACUACGACGCCUUGAAGGCCAGAGCCCAGGAUCGAGUGAACCUCCUGGAGCAGGUGACCUGGGAGCAUGAGCAUUUCCAGACGAACGUGGAAGAGUUCCAGCUGUGGCUGGAGGCGGUGUCGGAGAAGGUGAACACCUGCGUGGGGCGGAACUGCAAGCUGUCCCCCAGCCGCCGGCUCUCCGUGCUGCAGGACCUUGCCAAACAUUUUCCCAGCGGCGAAGAGUCUCUGAAGAGGCUGGAGGAGCAGGCGGUGGACGUCAUCCAGAAUACCUCUCCUUUGGGUGCACAGAAGAUCACCGAGGAACUGGAGGAGAUGCGGAAAGUUCUGGAGAAGGUGUGGGGCCUCUGGGAGGAGGAGGAGGGCCGGCUGCACAGCCUGCUCAAGUCCAAGGAGGCCUUCGAUCAGCAGAAGAGGCAGCUGGAGGCUGAGCUGGAAGAGUUCAGGAUGAGCCUCCAGAAGCUGCCCAAGGAAGGCCUGGAGCCCAUGGUGAAGGGGGGCACUGAGGACGAGCUGGUGGCCCGCUGGAGACUCUACUCGGCAACUCAGGCAGCGCUGGCCACCGAGGAGCCCCGGGUGGCCCAGCUGCAGGCCCAGCUGAAGGAGCUGAUCGUCUCGCCCCACGACCCACAGCUGCUCCCCAACAGCGUGGUCACUGCCAUCCAGGAGUACCUGAGCAUGAAGGGGAAGAGCACCAGGCUGCGCAGCGCCACGGGGGUACAGCUGUGGCAUCGUUCCCAGAGGCCUCUGCAGGACCUGCAGCUGUGGAGGGCCCUGACCCAGAGACUCCUGGACAUCACAGCCACCCUGCCAGACCUGCCCUCCAUUCACACCUUUCUGCCCCAGAUCGAGGCGGCCCUGGCAGAAAGCACCCUCCUGAAACAGCAGCUGACUCUGCUGCAGCUGAAGAAAGACCUGCUGAGCAGCAUCUUUGGCCAGGACAGAGCCGCAGCCCUCCUGGAGCAGGUGGCGAGCUCUGUGAAGGACAGAGACCUGCUACACAACGGCCUUCUGCGGAGGAAAAGCAAACUGCAGAGCUUGCUCACUCAGUACAAAGACUUCGGCACUGCUUUUGAGCCCCUGAAGAGGAAGCUCUGGGACCUCCAGGCCAGGACCCAGGCCGAGAAUGUGCUUCAGCGAGACCUUCCUGAGAAGCAGGCACAGCUUUCAAGGUUGCAGGUGCUGCAGGAGGAAGGGCUGGACCUGGGGGUGCAGAUGGAGGCCGUCAGGCCUCUCAUCCAGGGGAACCCCAACCACCAGCACAAAAUGGACCAGCUUUCUGCCCACUGCCAGGCCCUGCAAAGGUCUCUGGAGGACCUCGUGGACAGGGGCCGGGAAAGCGUUCAGGAACAUUACACCUUCAGCCACGAGCUGCUGGAGAUGCAGCAGUGGGUCGCCUUGGUCACUCAGAAGCUGGAGUCACACCAGAGGGACACGGGCCCAUGGGAUACCCAGUCCCAAGAGGCCAACAUCGAGAAGCUGCUGGCUGAAUUCCCGGAGAAGGAGGCCCAGCUGCCCCUGAUCGAAGCGCACGGCUGGCUGGUGAUGGAGAAGAGCCAUCCAGAAGGGGCCGCUGUGGUCCGAGGGGAGCUGGCGGAGCUGAUGGAGUCGUGGCGGGCCCUGAGGCUGCUGGAGGACAGCCUGCUGAGCCUCAUCAGAAACUGGCAGCUGCAGAGGCCGGAAGUGGAUUCAGAGAAGCAAAUGGUCUUCACCAACAACAUCCCAAAGACUGGAUUUCUCAUCACCCCCACGGAUCCUAUUUCCAGGCGUCGCCGUCAGCAGGCAAAUCUGCUCCAAGAAGCAGGAGGCAGCCAUGAAGAUUUCUUCCAGCUCCUGAGGAAUUUUGAGCAGUGGCUGCAGGUGGAAAAUUCGAAGCUGGUUAGAAUCAUCGCAAUGAAAACUGCCACAGCCAACGGCUUGAGGACCAGAGAAGCGAAGCUGCAGGACCUGGAGGCUCGGGUACCAGAAGGUCAGCAUCUCUUCGAGAACCUUCUUCGUCUCGGGCCAGCAAGGGACACCUCAGAUGAGCUGGAGGAUCUGCGUUACCGGUGGAUGCUGUACAAGUCCAAACUCAAGGAUGCCAGCUGCCUGCUGACACAGAAUUCUCCAGAGGAGCCGGCUGAAUUCCAAAAGACGAGGCGGCGGCAGGGGCCGCGUGACCUCCUGCGGAGGGUGUGCUGCGUGGCGCUCCCCCUGCAGAUGCUGCUGCUGCUGCUCCUGCUGCUGCUGCUCCUGCUCCCCGUGGGGAACGAGGGCCGCCACUGCGCCCUGGCCAACAACCUCGCCAGCUCCUUCACGCUCAUGCUCCGCUACAACGGCCCGCCGCCCACCUAGCCCACUGCAAGCGCACAGGUGUCUGUCUGCUCCAGCCCUCCGUCCGCCCCGGGCUCCUCCCGAGGGCCUGGGAAACCGGAAUCAGGCAGGCCGGGCUGGCAGAGCUGCCCCAGUGUAAAUACUGUAUCAGUGUUCCCAGCCAAAAAACUUCUUUUUAUACCGUGUUGUCUGCGUCUAUUUAUACUACGUGUGGACUCUGUGUGACCAGGGAAUGAUGUAUAGAAUUUUUAUACGCUCUGUAUGUAAAUGCUCAGGAUGUAUCGUUUCAGAUAUGGCAUCUAUUUGUAAUUGGGAAAAAGUCGCUAUUUUGUGGCCUUCAUACUAUGGCCUCCGGGUCAGCCCUGGAAAGCGGGAACAGUAACGCGUCCCUUGUAUGGCGACCUCUUCUCCAGAAGCCACCCCCCAACCCGGACGUUCGUGGAAAGCCCCCCGAGCUGUCAGCACAGAAGAGCCCCCCAGGCCCCCACUCGGGGCCCAGCGACUCUCGUUUUAGGCACAAUGAGAACAAACAUCUUUGUCUAGUUUUGAAAACGACAGCGGAGGAGAUGCUGUGGAUCAGAAGCAGAAACCGUGACGAUCCGAGGCAGGCCCGGUGACGGCGCUGAAAAGUGACAAGCGGGGAAGUGACGUGAAGGGAAGAACUGCAAAGAGCAGACCCAGAAAGAGCCUGAGAGCACAGCAGGAUGGGGCGCCGCAUGCCGGGGCGCCUGGGAGCACAGAGCGACGGGGGCAUCACGGCCACGCGCCCAGCCCUCUGGGACGGCUUCGGCCGGCCGAGCACGCUGCUCCGGGGGACGGGCCCGAAAGAGACGGACGUUACUGCCGAGGUCUCGUGCAGACUGGGGACCUCCCGCCCGACAGUGCCAGCAGAUGCAUCACCGCCAUCACUCUCGGGCUGGGUUUGUCAUUGUCUCCAACUCCAGCCGAAGGGACAGAAGAGGAACACCUGCCACACCAAGGGCCAGGGGUCGAGGGUCCAAGACAGAGCUGCAAGAUCGCCUUGGAUUUCGGCCCUUAUGAAGUGCUCUCCCGCCUCCUCCCGGGAGUGGUUUAGGACAGAGGCGGGUCCUCUGGACCGGGACUGUCCCACAAGUGCCCCCAACAAGGGAGCCCGGCUCCGGGCGCCCGAAACCAGGCCUUGUCCGGCCGGGCUGGGUGGCCGGGUUCCCUCCAUGCACCAGCGAAGAAGGGCCAGGCAGACUAUGCAGGGCCCUGGGGCCGGAAACACGUGCCUUCUUCCCCGGGGAAUUCCGGAGCGUUCCAAGGUGCUUCAUAACUGGAUCACGUUUUCCCUAAAUCAACACUAACGUUUUCUUUUUUUAAAAAAAAAAAUGCUUAGUGCUCACUCUUUACAAACUGAUCUUGUCCGUUCAGCUACAAAUAGGUGACCAAGAGGGAUUCCUCAGGCCUUUUAAGCAGGGGGCAGUGGGGACCGAGGACCAAGAAGGCCCCGGCCCCAGCACCGUGCCCCCCACUCCGUUCUCGCACAAGCCCGCACAUCUCAUUCUGGCACCGGCCCGGCUCACACGGUGGGGCCCCAGGCCUCCCAGAAACCGAGAGGAACUGGACGUCCACAGGGCAGGAAGGUGGUGUUGCUGAGAACAGCACUUGGCACUGAUCUAAAGCACACUUUUCUCCAGACCUUUAGAAGCCACAAGGCCACACCCUGCGGGCGUCCGCUUUGCUGGAAAACCAGGGGCCGCCAAGCCCGGGCACUCGCCAGGCUGUGUGGGGCCGGCCCUGGAGGCCAGGGCUCUGGCGGGGGCCUUGGCCACCUCCGUUCCUCCUCUCCUGCCUGAGAAGGCUGAGGCCCAGACGGGGAAGCAACCCCCCCACAGGCACGCAGCGAGAGGUGGCGAGGCCGUCGCUGGUCACCAGCGCCCCCACAGAGCAGGAUCCCCCACGUCAGAACUUCAGAAAGAAACGGCCGUUCCAUGUGAACGCGUUUGUGUCGGGCGUUGGGGAGAAGCUGCAGUGAGUGGGCUGCGUGGCGGGAAUGUCAAUAUAUAUUUUUUAAACUUU